GUUGAGUUCCAGGGCGCAGCAGAAGGUCUGGGAGCCUGGGAGGGACGCGGAGGCCGGGCGGGAGGCGUGUUCCUGCGCGGCUGCCUUUUACUUGGCGAAGUCCUAGCGCGCCUACGCUCAUCACUCGGGUCUGGCUGGCGGAGAGGAGUUGGAGACGCUCCCUCGGACCCACCCGGUCGUCGCUGGAGGCUGCAGGCUCGGUAGGACCUCCCCCAGUGAAGCCGUGCCCUGCCAGGGAAGUGUGCCGAAGUCCAGGAGGCUGCGCAGCUGGGGCCGCCGCCGCCGGAGCCCGGGACACCGGCCACUCUCCCGCGGCGCGCACCCUCGCUGGUUCCAUCUGCCUCCCAACCCCGGCGCCGCUCAGACCGGCUGCGGUGUGCCGGCUGCAGUGUGCCGCCGCCGAACAGCAGCACGGUGAGAAAAAAGAAAGUGAAGGUAUAAAAGCAACACAGUAGGAGACAAGUCCUCAGCUUUCCUAAGAUGGAAACCUUUUGCCUUAGGGCAUCCUUAUGUCUGGUACUGGUCGGAUGUGUGAGCAGUGAUAAUCCUGAGAGACACAGCACAAAUCUAAGCCAUCACAUGGAUAAUUUCACUACUUUUCAUGGGACAGAGCUCAACCUCCUGGUUACCACUCACCGACCCACUAAUUUAGUCCUGCCCAGCAAUGGGUCAAGGCACAGCUACUGCCCACAGCAGACUAAAAUUACUUCAGCUUUCAAAUACAUUAACACAGUGAUAUCUUGUACUAUUUUCAUCGUGGGAAUGGUGGGGAAUGCAACUCUGCUCAGGAUCAUUUACCAGAACAAGUGCAUGAGGAACGGCCCCAACGCGCUGAUAGCCAGCCUUGCCCUCGGAGACCUUAUCUACGUGCUUAUUGAUCUCCCUAUCAAUGUAUUCAAGCUGCUGGCUGGACGCUGGCCCUUUGAACACAGUGACUUCGGAGUAUUUCUCUGCAAGCUGUUUCCAUUUCUGCAGAAGUCCUCAGUGGGCAUCACCGUCCUCAAUCUCUGCGCUCUGAGUGUGGACAGGUACAGAGCAGUUGCCUCCUGGAGUCGUGUUCAAGGCAUUGGGAUUCCCUUGAUUACAGCCAUUGAAAUCGUGUCCAUCUGGAUCCUUUCCUUUAUCCUGGCCAUCCCUGAAACCAUUGGCUUUGUCAUGGUGCCCUUUGAAUACAGGGGUGAACAGCACAAAACCUGUAUGCUAAAUGCCACCUCAAAAUUCAUGGAGUUCUACCAAGAUGUAAAGGACUGGUGGCUCUUCGGCUUCUAUUUCUGUAUGCCACUGGUGUGCACCGCAAUCUUCUAUACCCUCAUGACCUGUGAGAUGUUGAACCGAAGGAACGGCAGCCUGAGGAUUGCCCUCAGCGAACAUCUCAAACAGCGUCGGGAAGUGGCCAAGACAGUUUUCUGCUUGGUUGUUAUUUUUGCGCUUUGCUGGUUCCCUCUUCACUUGAGCCGUAUUCUGAAGAAAACUGUGUAUGACGAGAUGGACAAGAACCGAUGUGAACUGCUUAGUUUCUUGCUGCUUAUGGAUUACAUCGGUAUUAACUUGGCAACUAUGAAUUCGUGUAUCAACCCAAUAGCUCUUUAUUUUGUGAGCAAGAAAUUUAAAAAUUGUUUCCAGUCGUGCCUCUGCUGCUGCUGUCACCAGUCCAAAAGCCUGAUGACCUCUGUCCCCAUGAACGGCACAAGCAUCCAGUGGAAGAACCACGACCAGAACAACCACAACACAGAGAGGAGCAGCCACAAGGACAGUAUCAACUAACCGCGACAGGAGACAGCAAGCAGAAAAUCGCCUCCCACGCAUCCCGCUGGUACCCUGACCUUCAGA